GCGGUUUUAGGAAUGAGGCCAAAGCAGGACGGAGGGGAUUGAAGACCAACUCCAAAUGCAUACAUUAUUACUGGGGAAAUGGAUUCUUUACUGAUACGAUGGAUUCCCUUGGUCUUGGUUACAGUGUCCAGGUGCGACGGCGUGCAGGUGUCGGUUCGCGGGGAGAGGAAGUUCGCCAUGCUCUUCCAGGAAGUGACCCUGCAGUGCCAGUACUCCAGCCACUCCACGCAGAUGCCGGUGGUGCAGUGGUGGUACAAGUCGUACUGCCGCGACCGCACCAAAGACUCCUUCACCUUCACCGAGGACCUGGUGCGCACGGGCUCUGAGCUCGGCUCCACCUCCAACCUGGACUGCUCCGACUCCGCCCGCACCGUGCGUCCUGUCGCCUCCGGGCAGGGCUCCUCCCUCACCCUGGCUGAGCACUACAAGGGCCGCGACAUCGCCAUCAUCAACAAGGCUGACCUCCGUAUUGGCCAGCUGAUGUGGGGAGACAGCGGUGUGUACUUCUGCAAGGUGAUCAUCUCUGAUGACGUCGAGGGCAAGAGCGAGGACAAAGUGGAGUUACUGGUGUUGGGAAUGACAGGUGUGCAGAACGAUCUCCUGCCUGAGUUCGAUGUAAAGAUCAUGGAAGAGUGGGUGUUUGUGACCGUGGUGAUCCUGGGCGGUUUCUGCUUCCUCCUGCUGGUGGGGAUCUGCUGGUGCCAGUGCUGCCCCCACUCCUGCUGCUGCUACGUGCCCUGCUGCUGCUGCCCCGACACCUGCUGCUGCCCCCGCCACUUGUAUGAGGCAGGGAAGGCGGUGAAGGGAAGCCAUUAUCCUCCCAUGGGCAUGUACCCCCCAUACUACAUCCCCCAAGUUCCCACCAUGGUGCCUGCUGCCCCCUCCACCAUAAUAGCAGCCCCCAAGAUGACCCCCACUCCGCCCAUGGAGAACAACAUUGUAGGAGUGCAUGCUGGGUACCGACUCCCGGCCAAUAAGGAACAGGACUCUAUGAAGGUGGUGUGCCACGUAGAGAAGGAGCUUGCCCAGUUCGAGCCCGCCCACAGAUCCUGCCACCAAUCCAGCAGUAUGUCGGAGCUGAGCUCGCUCCACGAGGGCGACUUGGACUUCCGGCAGACCUACCGCCAGGUCCAGAGGAAAGCCAUGCCCGCCAUCUCUGACCACGACGGCCCACUGGACGACCUGCGCACCGCCUCCACCUCCCACACCCGCCGCUCCACCCGCCACCCUCACCGAGGCAGCCGAGAGGAUGAGCCGCAGAGCAGGUGGAACUCGCGCUCAGAGCACCUGCAGAGGAAGGUGUUCCGGGCGAACAGCCACACGGGCUCUCUGGACGAGCUGGAGGAGUUUGCUCACACGUACCACCAGCGGGGGCGGCGGGGGGAGUUUCGGGACGGCAGGCGGGACUACGAGCUGGAGCUGCAGGAGCGCGAGCACACCCCCCCGUUCCGGGACGGGCCCCCCGAGGCCUGGCUGGAGCACCAGCAGCCCGAACCCUACAGGAAGGAGCGGGGUCGGGAGCGGGAGCGGGAGCGGGACUGGGGCCGGCCCCCUCCCUCGCCCCGGAAGCGUCGCGACACGGGCGAAAGCGAGCGUGCGGCCCGGGGGGGCCCCGCCUACGACGACGCCUUCCUCAACAGCGUCCUGGAGCGCAAGGCCCGGGGCCGCGGCGGCCGGGGGGGCGAGGAGGACAGUUUCCAUAGCGACACACCCUCCAAGGCCAGCUCCAAGAAGAGCAGCGACUGCUACCUCAGCAGGUCGCCUAGCAACCGGCCCGAGGAGGAGGACCCGCUGCCCCCCUACUGCGAAUUGGAGGCUGAGCGGUAUCGCACCGCCGAGCCUGUGCCCCGCCCCUUCUGCUACACCCGCCCAAACCAGAGUGUGUCCCACACUCUGCCAGAGCACAGGGACGAACACGGGAAGCCCCGGAAAGUGAACACUCUCCUAAGCAGAGAUUCUCUCAUAGUGUGAACUUCGGAGAACAGGAGACCCACGUUGGCUCUGCCAGUCACAGAGCGUACUGGACAUGCAGGAAGUAUCAAUCAAUCAACAAGCAGACUGCUCAGGCAUUAUUAAUCAAUCAACAAAGUGAAGAAGCACUACAUAUGAAUUUACAAACUGACUGGACAGACAUAAUGCAUCAGUCAAUGAGCCUAUGGACAAUGAAGCCAUGGUUUUUAGGGACAAUGUACUUCCUUGUUCAGGAGAGUAUAUGAACCUCUCUGUGAUCCUGCCUUAUCAGUGUCUCCUUAAGACCACUACUGUUACACAUCCGCAGCUUGAGAUCUGUUUACAGUAUUCCUACCUAGAAUUCCUUGUCCUGCGGGAGGUGGACAGUGUGAUGGGUAAUGUAGUCUAGUGCCAAAAGUUAUAGCGUCCAAGUGGUCCAAUUUCAAAACACAUUAAAAAGUAUGUGUGGUUUUGUGCCUGAAGACAGAAAAGUGUGUAUGAGUGUGGCUUUGCGUCUGAAGACAGAAAAGUGUGUAUGAGUGUAGCUUUGCGUCUGAAGACAUAAAAGUGUGUAUGAGUGUGGCUUUGCAUCUGAAGACAGAAAAGUGUGUAUGAGUGUGGCUUUGCGUCAGCAGACAGUUUGGUGACUAAUAUUGACCUGUUAGCCAGGUCACUGCUCUUUCAUAAAAUUUUAAUCAUUACAGUCAUGCGCACAAUGUCAUCCCUGCCACUUGGUGUGUGCCUGGUCUUGUUUUAGGGCAGAGAGGUUGCCUGAAGUGUGCUUCCCCACCCUGUACCCCAAACCCCCCAGAGCCUGCCACAGGGCUGUGGAUAAAGAUGCUCUUCAGCUGAGUGAAUGCCACCCUGCCUACUUCUGCACCCUGUAACCCUGCAACCCUGUAACCCGGCAACGCUGACCGCAUGAGAGCCAGCCGCACAGUGUCAGUCAUUCUCGGUGAUGUGCCUGCAUGACCCCUUCAGACUCCUCCCACUGUUCACCUAUUUCAGCCAACCCAGGAGAGGAUCAGGAAAUGGCUCUGUCUCAAACUGCAGAAAUGCUGCCUUCUUAGAAAGGCAUCGACUGCCAUCCUAUUCGAAAGCAGAAAACGUAUGCCUUCUCAGGUGCCUUUAUUUGGACAAUUUUGAGGGCAGCAUGCGUGUAUCCUUCACCGGGUAGGAUAUCCUGGUCAGUCUUUGUGAUUACAUCAGGCUUCUUACUGUAAAAAUAGUAAUGUGGCUGAAAACAGUGGCGGAUUUUGCACAGACCUGUAAAAUAGCUCAUCCACAAGUCCAAGUAUACAGCGAGCUUGAUAUUUUGUUCCAAUUAUAUAUUUUUUAAACUACAUUUUAAUUGCUUAACAUACUGAAAUCCUGUGAGCUUUCCAUGAACUUGGCAGCUAAACUGCUUGUAAUCACGUCACUUUGACUCUGACGUUUUCCUGCCUUCAAAGUGCGUCUGACAUUAGUGCUGCCUAAGCACUUCCAAACACUCCUUUGAAGGACAGUGACUAAUCAGGCAUCAAGGCAACAAGGCAUCAAGGCCACAGCCUUCAGUUUGAGACACAGCCUCUUAUUUGUGCAGGAUACGGGGACAAAUGAGAAGGGCCCCCUUUAGCUCUGCCCCUGAUCCAACCUUCAGUAAAUUACAUCACAUAACAUUACCUUUCAUCUAGGCAUUUAGCAGAGACCCUUCUCCAGACCGAAUAACACAAUUACAUCCAGCAUGUUCACACAAUCCAUUCAUAUUGUUGGAUGUUUUUAAUGAAGUACUGUGACCAGCACAGCUGCAGCUCUCCAGCUGGGUAAUGAACCCAUAACCUUUGUAAUACAAGCCCCAUUUCCAGAUCAUUCUACUACCCAAUCAACUCAGCCCCCCCUUCUUUUUCACGCCUCCCUGUGCCCUGCUAACCCUACUGUGGACACAACAGAAAUCUUUUUAAUCCAGUGUUAGUACUGCACAUUCUGAUUCAGAUCCUUCAAUGGCCUGGCCCUGGUACAGUAUAAGUAUAUUCCCAUUCUGUGUUUGUUUUAUCCAUUAUUGCGCAAGGGAUGUUGAGUCACCAAGCGGAACAUUUGUUUGACUGUAAUUUUUUCACUCUUCUUGCUGUAUUUUACUUUUUUUACUGUCCUCCUUGUUUUGGUUUUGAUAUAAACAUCGUCUCCUCUACAAAGUCA